ACAGACAGACAGAAUUACUUACGCAUUAAUAAUAUUAGUAGGGAUUAAGUGGCGGGUGUUCUUUUCGUGUCAUUCCGCCAAGAAUUAAAACAAAAAAUAAAUAACCGUAAUGAUAAAAAUAUCGGUUAAGAAAGUGCACGCAAUGAUACUGUCGCAGUCGGAAUGACAAUUGUUUACCUACAUUUCUUUUAUUUUUAUACCAAAACUCGAAUAAGUGUCUAAUUUAAUCACAUAUCAGCUGCGAUAUCAUUGUUAUCGAAAAAUCGAUACUGGAUAAAUGAAACCGCAUCACGAGUCGGAAUCUACCCUCCGUGAUAACGAGCGGCGUGAUAAGCGAGCAUGCGGACAGUUGCUUACGAAGUCACCGGCCGGGUCGGCAUCGGCAGUCCGGCAGUAUUACCGCACGGCAGACUCCGGCUAAGCCCAUCACUCCCUUUCCCGCCGCUACAGUGUAGCGCAUACCUGCGGACCUUUUUUUGUUAUGGUGUCCCCCCGCGGGCUGGCGGCCGGCGCCCGUCACACAAACCGUCUUGAGACGCGACUCAGGACGCACGCACGUAACUCGCGCGUUCGCGGCGCUCGCGCGUAAACAUUCACGACUACAAUGAGAUCUUUUAUUUGACGCGCCGGAUAUAUCGUCUCUGAACAUGAAGUGCAUCGUGCUUGUUGUUUUUAUCGUGACCUUAGUGAGCGGAGUCGCCGCCGAGGCCUCCGUACGGACAUGUGAACCUAUCAAAGUGGCUAUGUGUAAGAACAUUGGAUACAACCAGACCGGAAUGCCCAACCUGGCACGGCAUACCCUGCAGGCGGACGCCGACGUCACUCUGCAGACCUUCAGCCCCUUGGUACAGUACGGCUGCUCCUCCCAGCUGCAUCUGUUCCUCUGCUCCGUGUAUGUCCCGAUGUGCACCGACAAAGUCGCUCUGCCGAUAGGGCCCUGCAGAGGACUGUGCGAGAGUGUUUACGCCAGAUGUUACCCUGUACUGCACGGAUUUGGAUUCCUUUGGCCACCUGAAUUAGAUUGUUCCUUAUUCCCAGCUGAGAAUAACCAUGAACAUAUGUGUAUGGAGGGCCCAGGGGAACGUGCUCCGCCCAUGGGGACAGUUCCUCUGGAUGUAGGAAAUUCAGGUGGAAGAGGAGCGUGUCGCAAGCUCAUAAAGCCCAAUAACUGGGUGUGGGUGAGAGGGUCGGCUCGCUGCGCACAGUUCUGUGAUGCGGAAGUGCUCUGGGACGGUAGUGAGCGAAAAGCUUCGGAAGUGUGGCUGGCGACAUGGGCAGCGCUGAGUUUUGCGUGUACACUGGCGGCGGUAGGCGCGCAGCUGGCGUGUGGAGAGCGCGGCGGCGCGGGCGAGCGCGCGCUGGUGCUGGUGGCGCUGUGCCGGUGCGCGGCGGCUGCGGGCUGGGGCGUGCGCGCCGCCGCGGGCAGGGCCGCCGCCGGCUGCGCCAAGGACUCCACCUCUCCCACAAGGAUGCUGCUAGCGCACGAUGGAUUAGCUAACCCCAAUUGUGCCGUCGUCUUCCUCCUGCUAUAUUACUUUGGCCUUGCUGCAUCAGUUUGGUGGGUGGUAGUAGCAGGAGCAUGGCGCGCCAGUGUCAUGCGACCUCCUGCACCAGCAGCCGGAGCCAGGAAUGACCGGCACUCGUCACUCCUGCAGCUGGCCGCGUGGGGAGUACCAGCAGCAUUAGCCGCUGCUGUCCUCGUGACCAGGGAUGUGGAUGCUGAUGAACUUACAGGGACAUGCUUCGUGGGCAACCAAUCUAGUAAGUCUUUACUGGCGUUGGUGAUAAUUCCCGAAGCCAUCUGUCUGCUGCUGGGCUCCGUGUUCCUGUCUUCGGGCUUCCGAGCUGUUCUCCGAAGACCAGCUCCCGUGCCAGCCCCGUCCGUGCUCCUGAACUCGCCGCCGCAGCCGCAUCAAGACCAAAGCGUGCUGAGGCUGGGGGCCUUCGCCGCUCUGUACGCCGUGCCAUCAGCGUGUAUACUCGCCACUUGGGUGUACGAAUACGCGUGGCGUGACGAAUGGCUCGCUGCUCCUGUUCCGUCCUCAGAACCUUCUACACAUCCCAAACCAGCAUUCUGGGUGUUUCUGUUCCGAAUAUUCGCGACUCAGAUCCUGGGAGUCAUGGUGGCUGUUUGGAUCGCUACUCCGCGGCUGAAGGCUCUGUGGAGGAGGAUCGCAGGGCCCAGGAAGCCUCCUCUUGCUAAGUGUCCGUCGGGCCCGCCGCCGACGCCGCUCACUCUACACUGCUACGCGACGCACCCGCACACCCUGACGAGACAUCCACACAAAUACGCUACAUACAGACCUCCACAAACACAUUCGUAUAGAAAGCCAAGACACUACCAUUAUUCAGCCGGUGAAACUAUUCUCUGACGAGCAUAAUGGUACGCUUUAUGUUUUCACCUACGUAAGUUCAAAGACAAUUUUGAGAGGAUUGAACCUCUUUUGCAUUUAAUGUUUGUAAGUUGUUAGUAUGUUAAACGAAUGUUCAAGUGCCAUUAGUUUUGUAGGUAUUUGUCUAUUAGGUCAUUGUGUUAUGGUCAUAAUAUUUAUAAAUGUGCUAAAUUAAGUUGUGCAUAAUAAAAUGACGCUAAGUGUGCUUAGGGUGCUUAUGCUUAUACCUAUAGAUUUUGUUCAAUUUUUGCAAUUUGCACCACGCAUUGUCGACUACUGUGUUAUCGACGUGCUUGAUUUUUUGUAUUCAAAAAGUGAAAUCAUUUUAUACUGUAAAUAACUUUAAAUAGUAUACGGUUCAUGGAUUUGUAAUUUAUUAAGAGAAGAAUAUUCUUACAUGAUUUUGUCUGUCCGAGUGAAUUGCCUUAAAAUUACAUUUAAGCAUUUAGAUAUUUUUAUUUGUACAUAUAAUUUAGGCUAAAAAUGUAAAUAACAUAAUAACUGAAGUUGAAUAAUAAUUGUAAAUACAAAUGGGAAAAGUGAAGCGCACAAUAUUGCCUCAUGUAUUUAUGGUAUUUUAAGCUUUGAUUUAGGCAUUAUUAAAGAUAGGUAAUAAAGAAACACGGAUUUAUUUUAAAUUAUUUUCUACUCUGUAAUUGAUCAUACAUUACCUUUAGUUUGAUCCUAAAGAAAUAAUAUUUAAUUGUUCUUAUCCUGUAUUAAAUUUUUGUUCGUUUGAAAUAAUUUAUUUUCAAACAACAUUUUUUUUUGACAUUUGUUUCUAUUAAAACACUUUUUGUAACAUCCGUCCAAAAUAGUACUUUUUUUGUUUGUGAUUCAAAAGAAAACUAAAUAAACUAGAUACAGCGAGAAAACCCACCUCCUUUUUUGCCAAAAUAUUUAAUAACUAAUGUAAAUAUUGACUGAACAUAAUUUUUGUGAAUAUUAAAUACCUAAGCAUUAUUUAUGUAAGUAGUUAAGUAUUUUUAAGAAUUUCGUGGCUAACGAAUACCUAGUUGAAGAAAUAAAUUACUAAAAUUAAA